AUGAAGAAAUCAAGAAACCUGGAGAAAGAUGUUCUAGAAUAUGGAAGAAAAACGAAACCCAACAGGAAGCUUACUUUUCUCUACCUAGCCAAUGAUGUCAUUCAGAACAGCAAAAGGAAGGGGCCAGAGUUUACAAAGGACUUUGCACCAGUUAUAGUGGAGGCUUUUAAGCAUGUUUCCAGUGAAACUGAUGAAAGUUGUAAGAAACAUCUUGGAAGAGUAUUAUCUAUUUGGGAAGAAAGAUCUGUUUAUGAAAAUGAUGUAUUAGACCAACUUAAGCAAGCUCUUUAUGGUGAUAAAAAGACUAGGAAGCGAACUUAUGAGCAAAUAAAAGUGGAUGACAAUGAAAACUGUUCUCUGGAAUCUCCAAGUGAACCACCCCAGACUCUAGAUCUCGUUAGAGCCCUGCAAGAUCUAGAAAAUGCAGCUUCUGGUGAUGCAGCAGUCCAUCAGCGGAUAGCUUCUUUGCCUGUGGAAGUUCAAGAAGUAUCUCUCCUUGAUAAAAUAACAGAUAAAGAAUCUGGAGAAAGGCUUUCUAAAAUGGUAGAGGAUGCUUGUAUGUUGCUGGCAGAUUAUAAUGGCAGAUUGGCGGCAGAAAUAGAUGAUAGAAAGCAGCUCACUCGAAUGUUAGCAGAUUUUCUUCGUUGUCAAAAGGAAGCCCUUGCAGAGAAAGAGCAUAAAUUGGAAGAAUACAAGCGCAAGUUAGCCAGAGUUUCCCUGGUACGAAAAGAACUGAGGUCUCGGAUCCAGAGCCUGCCAGAUUUAUCUCGAUUGCCAAAUGUCACUGGCAGUCACAUGCACCUGCCCUUUGCUGGAGACAUCUACAGUGAAGACUGAGGACCAGUCUCUUUCCAGGACCCAGAACUUUGAAAGAGAUGAAGACAGAUUAGGUGGAUAGUUCUGUAAGCAUUAUUUUUGUAUAUUGUUGAGAGAGUGGUACUAACAAAGAAAUGACAAGUAAUUUAUAAAAUUGUUAAAAUGUUGGUUUGUUUACUAUUUUACUAGUAAGUUAAUGUGACUAGGCUAAAUAAGGUGAUGAUCCCUGUGUAUCAGUAACUCACAAAUAGUGAUUAUUUUCAGAAGACCUUUUUGUAAAUUUUUUUGAUCCAGGUCCUUGUGAGAGAUUCCAUGUUUCUAUUUCUUCAUGUAUUUUCAGUUGCUUUUCUUUUUCUUUCUUUUUUUUUCCAGUAUCUAAUCACUGUAUACUAUCUAAUUCUAAAGGGGAAGAACGAAUCAGGAUCUGGUUGACUUUAUUAUGGUACAGUUUAAGACUUGACUGUAGAAGGGAUUAAAUGUUCCAAUUUAAUUUUCACCCAUCUCCCCAACACCAUAGCUGGUUCUGUGCCUUUUCAAGGCCUUUGGUUCCUUAGAGGUCUGUAACUUAACAGUAAACAUGGAUGCCACUGGGGGGUCAGGUCAAAGCCUAGAGAACUUUCCCCCAUAGCCCUGUAGGAGUUCCAUUUCAACUGCCAGUGUAAAAUAAAAAGAUUACUAAAUAGGAAAUACUUUGGUUGUACUGUUGAGAAUUAUUUGAGUAGAUUAAAAUGAAAAUGUUAUAAAACUUGACACACUACCAAGAGAAGAGCUUUGGGUCUGGAACUGAUUCCUAUUUGUCUAGUCAGUCUUGUUUUAAACAUAAUCCCUUCAACAAAAAAGCCAUCUGUGGGAUUAAAAGAAACAAAGUAAUGAUCCUUUUAUUAUUUCCUUGGGCAUAUAACUUAAAAACUCUAGAACUUUUAGCACUAAAAGCUCAAGAAUUCAAUAUUCAUUAACAUUGAGUAAACUAACCUUGGAACAUUGGUAUAGUUUAAGGUUUUUGAAUGACUGUACCCUUGGAAAUGAAGCAGUGCUACACUACAGGGUAGAUUGGGUAAAUUCUAUAUUUGUAUGUUUACAGAUGUAAAUAUAAAACAAAUGUACUUUUACCUUUUAUUUCUAACCCUGUGUGUUAGGGCAGUUGCAUGCUCUCCAGCCUUUUUGGAUUUCAUUGUUAAGCUGUGAAUUUGUAUUCAAUAAUAAUUUAGAACAAGCAUCUUUAUCUUUCAUUGCUUUACAUGUUAGACAUUUCUCCUAUCAGAUUCAAAUUAGAUAGUUAAUAGAACACCCUUUAAAUCACACAAGCCAAUUAUGUCUCACUACUCUAAAUGGCUGCACUCUGUUCUCUCAGUGUUAGAGACUAUAGUUAAAAUGAUUACCAGUGAAAAAGGCAGAUAUUUAUUUUUAAUAGAUAGUAGUUGUGGAAACUGAUUGUAAAAUUUUGACCUCUCUUCAAAACAGAUGCAUAGAAGUAGUCAUUCAUCCACUUACAUGUAUAUCUUUUACUCAGUGUUUUGAACAGCUUUUGGGACUUAGGAUGUUUUCUCACAGAAACAAUAGUCAGGUUCCCUGUCACACACUACUACUGAAGCUCAGCUGGAAACCUAAUCCACUUAACCAUGAAUGUACUUGUGAUACGGUUGAUAAGUUACUUGUAGAUCAUGGCCAGCAUUUGUAAUGUCACUCUAAGGAAAUUAUGUGUGGAGCCAGACACAUACUGAAGUGUAUGCCUCUGUGGUUAGGUAUGGGAAAUACAAGGAAAGAUUCUGCAAAGGAGGGAGGUAAUAAAUGCACAGCUACGAAACCUGGUUAUCACUGUUAUGAAAGUAUAUGAAGUAAGUUAGUUUUUGUUGUUAAUGUGAAAGCAAAAUUGUAUGCUAAUUUAUUUCAGUAUCUUGGCUUUAUUUAUGAUCUGCUAAUGUGAUUUAUUCAUUCAAAAAUAUUUUUUCCAUUUAAAACUAAUUUAUAAAGUAUGUACUCCUAGCAACACUUAAAAUCUUUGAGAAGUAUGUGGAAAUAUUUUCACUAUUCAUGACAAACUUCUGACUUAGAUACUGAUUUUAAUUCCAGUAUCUUCUCUAAAUAUUUAUGAUAAAAAUGCGUUAUUUUUUUAGAGCUCGAUGAGAUUUGUGAUGUGAUACUAUUCAAGUACCUGAAUUGCACCCCUUGACCAGUCAGUCCUCCACAAACCUCAGUUGUUGGUUAGCUCACUAACUGAACACAAACUAGUCAAACAUUUCAGCCUUAUAAUAGUUAACAUGGUAAGCCUUAGCAGUAAAAAGUCAUCCUUCCUAAAAAGACUAGAUGUUCUCAAGAAAUGGGGUUAGGCUGGGGGUACUAUAAUCUAAAUCAUGAGCAUUUUGUACACUGCGUACCCAAGGCAAAUCAUGCAACUGAGUGCGGUCUGGCCCGGCUCCUUGAGAGAGCAUAUCUGCACACCUGCAGUAGGGGCACUGUGUUUUGAAUGGAUAGCGUUACUCUUCCCUGUCAACAGUCCGAGAGCUGUCUAGUGUUGAUCUGACUAGGCGCUCCCUCUGCUUCUUCCAUCCCUACAGUAAAUGAAAGAACCACAGGGGAACGAAUGUACUCAAUAGCUAACCUCCCCAAGGAAAACCAUUCUGUAUUCUGCUAUUUUGGUACCUCUUUCAUGUGUACUCUGAAUCAGGGUUUUUGUAUAAGAAAUCCUUUAGAAUCAGCAAAAGUUGGGAUGAUCCAGUCUUGAUUUGCAAAAUUAAAACAAAACACCUAAAUGUCAAUUAUCACUACAGAUGAGAACUCAUCUUUUACAGUAUAGUUAAUAGACUGGUUCUGAGGACUCUUUAAAUAGAAAAAACUCAAAAGUACCAAUUAAUUGGGAAAAUCAGAAGGCCCUUUCUGAAUUCCCCAUUUUAAAGAUUUACAUUAUAUGAAAUGACAGCUACUAAACUGGUUGGUAUUCUAUUAGGAAAUAGCUCCUAAAGAUGUAGUCUUGUCUCAUAGUUGUUGCACUAUGAACUAUUGAAAGUGUAAACAAGUUCUUCUCUGUACAGAAAGGGAACAUUGUGUUACUUAAUGAAUUGAUUUAGACGGAGCAUUUGUUGCCCACUGUAAUUCCAGCCAUCCACAAGACUGUGUUGUGAGGAGGCAAUAGCACACAGGAAGAUGAACUCUCCUGGACUGUUUACCCCCUUUUCUUUGGCUGUAUAAGCUGUUCUUAAUAAAGUUUUAUGUUCUUUUUGAA